UUUGAUAGUGGACGUAGACGCAUCUCGAGGCGAUCGAAUCCAUGGUUCAAUCCAAGCCCUGAAACCCAACAUGGAACCGGCGGAGUUGUCCAAGUACACGAAGCAUGCUGAAAAGGCCGAAGCUGAGGCAGAAGCCAUUGCCCUGGAAAUAAAGAAAUUGCAGUAUGAGAACGGCGUUUUCGAUGAUACAUUCGAGCCCCCCGAAUUGGCUGCCCUCCGUGCUGAAAAUGCCAAGCUUAAGUACAGGCUCCAAAUACUCAAGAGGAGUGUUGAAGAAGAGGAAGCUAAAGGAGGACGGGAGUUCAUGGAAUGCCCCCGUGACUGCCUGCUGAAGCUGUUUGUUCAUGCGGUCCGUACUGCCUUUCCUGAGGUUCAAGAACCACUGGUGCCAGUGCUGCCAAGCACCAGCGACAAGUUUGGUGACUACCAGUGCAAUGCUGCAAUGCCACUGUCACAGGCACUGAAGAAAGCUGGGAAGCCCAUGGCUCCUAUGGAGGUCGCUAAGCGUAUCUUGGCCGAAGUUCCCGCAAGUAAUGUGAUUGGCGAGACGUCGCUGGCUCCUCCAGGCUUCAUCAAUAUAACGCUGAACCCAGUCUACAUUGCAUCAUCUGUGCGCCGCAUCGUGACCACAGGGGUGCUGCCACCGGCCAAAACGGGACCUAAGAAGCGGGUGGUUGUCGACUUCUCGUCCCCGAACAUUGCAAAACAAAUGCAUGUCGGGCACCUCAGGUCGACCAUAAUUGGGGAAAGCCUGAGCCGACUGCUGGAGUUUGCGGGUCACGAUGUGUUGCGGUUGAACCACGUGGGAGACUGGGGAACCCAGUUUGGCAUGCUCAUUGCACAUCUGCAGGACCGCUUUCCCAACUACUCAGUGCAUGCGCCACCCAUAGGAGACCUGCAGGCUUUCUACAAGGAGUCGAAGGUACGUUUUGACUCGGAUGAAGAAUUCAAGAAGCGGGCGUAUGCUUGUGUUGUCCAGCUGCAGUCACAUGACCAGGACAUGAUCUCUGCGUGGAAGCUGAUCUGUGAUGUCUCAAGGCGAGAGUUCCAAACCAUCUAUGAACGUUUGGAUGCGACACUAAUAGAGAGAGGCGAAUCCUUCUACCAGGACAUGAUGGGAGAUGUUGUGAAGGACCUUGAAGAGCGAGGGUUUCUGGAAGAAGACGAGGGUCGCAAGGUGAUGUUUGCGAAAGACCUGCCAGUCCCAUUGACAAUUGUGAAAAGUGAUGGUGGAUACACAUAUGACACAUCAGACAUGGCUGCACUCAGGCAUCGAGUUCAGCAGGAGAAAGCUGACUGGAUCAUUUACGUGGUAGAUGCUGGCCAAGCACAGCAUUUCAACACAGUGUUUGCCUGUGGACAAAGGGCUGGCUAUGUGGACACUUCUAAAGUGCGGUUGGACCACUGCUGCUUUGGUGUUGUACUGGGGGAGGACAAGAAGAAGUUCAAGACACGCUCAGGUGACACUGUCAAAUUGGCAGACCUCCUUGAUGAGGGGCUGCAGCGUUCAAUGCAAAAGCUGCUUGAAAAAGAGCGAGACAAGGUACUGACACCCGAUGAACUGAAACGUGCACAAGAGGCUGUGGCCUAUGGAUGCAUCAAGUAUGCGGAUCUCUGCCACAAUCGCGUCCAUGAGUACGUGUUCUCAUUUGAUCGGAUGCUCGAUGACAGAGGCAACACUGCUGCCUAUCUCCUCUACGCUCUCACAAGGAUCAGGUCAAUAGCACGCAAUGUUGGUCUGUCCUUGGAUGUGCUGCGGAAUGAAGAUGUGAGUGUGCCUGUGGAACACCCCAAGGAGCGCAAACUGGCCAAGGCCCUGCUCCGCUUUCCUGAAGUGUUGGCCACCAUGCUUGAAGAGUUGUACUUGCACCCACUGUGCGACUACCUCUUUGAUCUGUCCCAGACAUUCUCAGAGUUUUACGACAAUUGCUACUGCAUUGAGAAGGACCGCACGACAGGCAAGGUUGUCAACAUUAACAAGGGACGCCUGCUACUCUGCGAGGCAACGGCAGCCAUUAUGAGCAAAGGCUUCUUUAUCCUCGGCAUCAGGACUGUGGAGAGGAUGUAAGGACAAGAGU